AUGGUCAAGACUUCACAGAGGAAGCAUCGUGAGUGGGUAAACCAACCCAAGCCAAAGCCUGAUUUAAGUAUCUCCAUUCCUUUGAGGAUGUCCAAUUAUAUACUCAAGAGGCCAGUUACAAAAAUCAUAUCCCACCCAGGCAAUGAAGUCAGAUACCAUCACUGGGAGGAAACCUUGGACAAGCCCCUGCAGCUGUGCUGGCAGAAGAGACUUCAAGGACUCCAGGCCUGCAGCAGCACAGGACAACUGUUAAGUCCCUUCGAUCUUCCCAAAUCCUUGCAAAAACUUGUGCCUAAGCACACGGGCGAGUCCCUGCCAGGUAUUCUCACAGGUGGUCCUCAUGGCAGCUCCGCGUGCAACCCCACCGGGUCCUCACGUAUGGCAGAGAUGAUUCCAGGAGCCGGUCUGGGUAACCUACAGCUCCACUGCAAACAAUUCCUGGUGACUGAGAAAGACAUCAGGAAACAGGAAAGGAGAAUGAAGAUGGCAAGAGAGAGACUGGCAAUAGCGUUGAUCGCAGACAGACUGGCUAGCGAGGCCGAGAAAAUGAGGGACCAGGAAGGACAUCCUGGAAAACGCUAG